AUGAGCAAGCCCAACAGCCCAGACGAGAAAUAUUCUAUCUGUGAGCGGCAGGUGGGAGUACGAAAGGGUACUGGGGAUCGGGUCGCAAUCCAUACGUUAAGCAACCACACUGACAGAACAUUGAGGGAAAGGGAGAAGAAAAACCAGCUAUUUGCAUUCUAUUUGGGUUUACAAUCCCCAAAACGGGCAAUGGCUGUGGAUGGCAUAGACCUGGCCGCAUAUGAGAUUGAAGCCGAUAGGACUGACCAUACUCCACAGUGUGGUCUUCCUAGGGAUAUUUAUUUCUCCUCACAGCGCAGAAUGGUGAAGGGAAUCACUGUUCACCAUCAGUUGAAGGUUGAACUUGUUACGGGGGAAGAUGUGUUCCAUAAAGGUACCGGCAAGCUCGUGAACGGAAACGGUUGCGGAUUAUUGUGUAUCCUGCAAUUCCAUUGA